AAUCACACUUCAUCUCAUCUCAAUACUGACUUCAUAGACCAAUAUAUAAUCAGUAAGCAGAGCACAGGACAUUACUCUUAUGUAUACUCAGUCCUGGAGCUGGAAUCCUUAAUUGGCCCAUUUCAAACAUUGCCACUUGGUCAUGUACCAAAGCCACACUCCACAAAGUUCAGGCUGGUGCAAGAC